AUGUACAUCACUCUCUAUUACAUAGUCACCCGCCUCCCUGACUCCCUUCGCGUAGUCAGGGACCACUUCCUCUCAGUCUGUCCCACCACUCUCACUGUUGACCUCCUAGAAAAGGCCCUCCUAGCAGCGGAGAAGAGCAUAGUCACUGUAGGAGCCUCUCGUGGUGACCCUCGCACCCCCAUCUUUGAGGGGUGUUCCCCUUCCCCCCUGUUGCCCUCUAUCGCCUCUGCUACAGCGGCCAACCUACUUGGUCUUGAGUCGGUCGGUGCGGCGUCUGCCCCUAGCGGGAGACGCCGCUCCGGCAAGGGCAAGGGGGGCAAGGGCGCGGGUGGAGCUAGCGGGGGUGGUGGAGGUGGCGGUGGUGGCGGCGGAGGGAGUGGGGGUGGCGGUGGGAGUGGUGGCGGGGGUGGUGGUGGUGGUGGUAGCAGCGGAGGCGGAGGCGGCGGCGGCGGCGGUAGCGGUGGGAGCGGGGGUGGCGGUGGUGGCGGAGGUGGAGGCAGCGGUGGCGGAGGUGGUGGAGCUGGUCGGGGUGGUGCCUCGCAGCGGAGCGGCUCUGGUGGUGGUGUAGCUAUCUAUGAUCUUCACUUUGAUGCUAUCCUUGCUGCCAUGUAUGCUGUGACUAUUAGUGAUGAGGGUGAUUGUUACCGGUGUUUCCCGCCCGACCCGGGCAUUGGUACUGCUGUGCUAGGUGCUAGUGAGCCUGCUACUCUACGUGCCAGCGUGUAUGCGCCCUUAGGUACUGGUGAGGCUGCGCUCUCAGGUACCGCGUCGACUUCGGCCUCCCUCACCUUCACACUUGACUUAGGGGCUUCUCGCUCCUUCUUUCGAGACCGCACCACACUCACGCCGCUUGGUCGGCCGGUUGCUGUCUCCCUGUCGGACCCCUCUGGGGGAGGGCGGUCGGUUGCUGCCUCGCAGCGGAGCGGCUCUCCGGACCGCCGGCCUGCGCCACGUAUAUCUCUUCUUGAAAAGCGGCAUUCAGCUCUCAGAUCGUGCUGCUCCCCUGCCUGCCUUCCCCCACUCCUCCCCUCUCCCCCACUCCUCCCCUCUCCCCCACUCCUCCCCUCUCCCCCACUCCUCCCCUCUCCCCCGCUCCUCGCCUCUCCCCCGCCUGCCCUCCCAGCGACCGCCCCCGAGGCAAUGACAGUUUUCCAGUCUGCUGCCCUGCCGUCUGUCCUCCACAAGGCAUUCUACACACUGCAGAUCGUGCUGCUGCGCACCCCUGUGAGUGCUGCUGCGCACCCCUCGCUGCUGCGCACCCCUGUGAGUGCUGCUGCGCACCCCUUUCUACAUGGGGUUGACUCUCCCCAUGGCAUCACUCUUGGCACCACUGCUCUCUUCACCCAACCUCUCACUCUCCGGAUCAUCCCAUCACCCCCCUCAUCCCCAUCUUUCCAUCACACCGCAGUUCUACAUGGGUCAAAGGACAUCCCACCAUCCCCCCUCCCCUCCUCAUCACCGCAGUUCUACGUGGGGCUCACUCUCCCAAUGGCGUCUCUCUUGGCGCCGCUGCUCUGCCUCGCACGCAUGUCCUCCGACAAUGAGGUUCCAUUCGCGCAUCGGCGUUGGAUGUCCUCCCACCGCUCAUCACCCCUCCUCCACUAUUUUCCUCCUACCCCUCACCACCUUCCCUCCACUAUUUUUCUCCCACCCCACCCCGCAUCACCUCCCAUCCAAUAUUUCCGUCCCACUCCUCAUCACCUGCCCACUACCAUUCUCCUCCCUUUCCUCCACCUCCUCACACAUAGCCAUGCUGCCUAUGCUGCACUGCUGCACGAUACAUCUGAUGAACCCUUUCGCCCCUUGUCACCCCUCCUCACCCCUCCUCACCCCUCAUCACCGCUCAUCGCCUCUCAUCCCCCCUCAUCAUCCCGGCAGCUCCUUGCUCCCUUUACCAACCAUCGCACUUCUCUCAUGGUCAGGGCGCUCCUCGCUCCCUUCACCAACUACCGUGCAUCUCGCAUGGUCAGGGCAGUGCGCUCUGCUCGCUCACCCCACCACCUACACCAGCUUCUCUCUGUUUCAGGGCGUCAACAGCAGCACAAGGCAAACAUGCGCCAUCCCAUCGUCUUCCCCAGCUUCAGCAAGAGCGGGGAUCUACGCUCUCUCUUCUACGCCAGGCGAUGUGAGCAUGGGGAGAUGCAGCAAGUCACACUCGUGGAUCAGAGCGGAGCCCGCACCAACUCCAACACCAACACUGAGCACAUGCCGUCCUCCUCCUCGUUACAAUCACAUUCAGAGCAGUUGCAUGCACCACUGGUUUCACUGCCAUCACUGCCACCCACUGGUGAGCUUGGGAAGGUGCAAGGGCAUGUGGUUCUGUAUGAGCAGCAGCCGAAUGCACAAGAAGCAGCGUCCGGGAAUACAGAGAGGGGAGGGGAGCAGCAGGGGAGCAGGAGGCAGCAGAGAGGUCGGGGUGGCGUGGGAAGGGCGCAUGGUGGGAGGCAUGGCAACAAGGGCAGAGGUAGACUGCAGCAGAGGGAGAGAACAGCCAGAGGGAGGCACGAGGUGGAGCGGCAGCAGCAGCAGAGAGAGGGAAGGAGAGGGCAGCUUGAAGCACCUGAGAAACCUGUCGCAGCAGCAGCAGGUGUGGCACAAGGGGCACAACGCACGCAAGCAGCACCAGCUGAAGACCAACAGCAGCAGCAGCAGCAGCAGCAGCAGCAGCAGAGCGGAGACGAUAAACUGGGUGGUAUCAGAAGCAACGAUGAGCUAAGCAGGCCAUCGUGGGUGCUCGCGGCAGCACGGCCGUUCACAGAGCACCGUGAGUCUUCCUCCACGCGCGUGGUUCAGAUGGGGUCUGUGUCUCAUUUCAUCAGUCCCAACAGGGCCGUGCCGUGCCAUCAGCCAAUCCGAUGCAGUCGUGGACCGCUAGACCUCGCAGAGGCGGACGGCAGUUGCAGUUUGGACGACAUGCCGCUGCUGCAGGUGGUGCGCCUGCAGGGGCUGUACCAACGCUGUUGUAAUGACCGGGAGGCCACACGGAUACUGGUGAAGAUUCACCAGCGAGUGGCUCUGCCGUGUGCCACCUUCCUCUUUGCCCUCCUUGGAGCUCUCUUCGCCGCCCACCUGCAGAUCAGAAAGCGGCAGUUUUUUGGUGGUGAGGUGGAGAUGCGUGCUGCUAUCAGUAGUGGACAGAUUGGCUUACUCUCUCUCUCCCUCACCGGCAUCCCCCUUUCCCGAUGCUAUGUUGGCUGUGCCCUCGCUGUCCUUCUCAUCUUCACCUACUGCUCUCUCUCUUUCCCUCACCGGCAUGCUUGCCCCAUUCACUAUCCUCCCGUGCUUCCCCUUUCAACCCCAAUCACCCCUCCUCCCAUGCAGGUUGGCUUCGCUCUGGCAGUCUUUGUCAUAUUCACCUACUACUCUCUCUCUGUCACCGGCGUCCUUCUUGCCCAGGUACAUAAGAUUUACUUUUGA